CCGUCGCGAGAUCCCCUUCCGCUCUGAGGCGCCGCCGGGGCCGUGGUGCUGACUCGGCUGGGGCCGAAGAGCCGGGCCGGUGGCUGACAUGCAGCAGCUGUGCCGCUGAGGCCCCGCCCUCCCUGCCUUGAGGUGGGGGCCCACCAGGAUGACCAAACUGUCCAGGGAUCUGCCCUGCGACUUGGAGCGCAGCCUGCCGGCCGUGGCCUCCCUCAGCUCAUCUCUGUCCCACAAGCAGAGCCUCUCCUCGCACUUCUUCCUGCCCCCUCCCGAGAAGCGCCAGGCCAUCUCUGACGUCCGCCGCACCUUCUGUCUCUUUGUCACCUUCGACCUGCUCUUCAUCUCCCUGCUCUGGAUCAUCGAGCUGAACACCAACACAGGGAUUCGGAAGAACCUGGAGCAGGAGAUCAUCCACUACAGAUUUAAAACUUCCUUCUUUGACAUCUUUGUCCUGGCCUUCUUCCGCUUCUCCGGACUGCUCCUGGGCUACGCGGUGCUGCGGCUCCGGCACUGGUGGGUGAUUGCGGUCACCACGCUGGUGUCCAGUGCCUUCCUCAUUGUCAAGGUCAUCCUCUCUGAGCUGCUCAGCAAAGGGGCAUUCGGCUACCUGCUCCCCAUCGUGUCCUUUGUCCUUGCCUGGUUGGAGACCUGGUUCCUUGACUUCAAGGUCCUCCCCCAGGAGGCUGAGGAGGAGCGAUGGUACCUUGCUGCCCAGGCCGCUGUCGCCCGAGGACCCCUACUCUUCUCCGGAGCUCUUUCCGAGGGCCAGUUCUAUUCACCCCCAGAAUCCUUUGCAGGGUCUGACAAUGAAUCAGAUGAAGAAGCUGUCGGGAAGAAAAGCUUCUCUGCCCAGGAGUGGGAGUACAUCCACCAGGGGAAGGAGGCCAUGGCUGUGGUGGACCAGAUCUUGGCCCAGGAGGAGAACUGGAAGUUCGAGAAGAAUAAUGAAUACGGGGACACUGUGUACACCAUCGAGGUUCCCUUUCAUGGCAAGACGUUCAUCCUGAAGACCUUCCUGCCCUGCCCCGCGGAGCUGGUGUACCAGGAGGUGAUCCUGCAGCCGGAGAGGAUGGUGCUGUGGAACAAGACGGUGACCGCCUGCCAGAUCCUGCAUCGAGUGGAAGACAACACCCUCGUUUCCUACGACGUGUCUGCGGGGGCCGCGGGCGGAGUGGUCUCCCCUCGGGACUUUGUGAAUGUCCGACGCAUAGAGCGGCGCAGAGACAAAUACCUGUCUUCGGGCAUCGCCACCACCCACUGCGCCAAGCCCCCAACCCACAAAUACGUCAGGGGCGAGAAUGGUCCUGGGGGCUUCGUCGUGCUCAAGUCGGCCAGCAACCCCCGCGUCUGCACCUUCAUCUGGAUCCUUAACACAGAUCUCAAGGGCCGCCUGCCCCGGUACCUCAUCCACCAGAGCCUCGCAGCCACCAUGUUUGAAUUUGCCUUCCACCUGCGGCAGCGCAUCGGAGAGCUGGGGGCCCGGGCAUAGCUGUGCCCCUUGCCACCCUGCGGGCCAGGGUUCGGUCGCUACAGCCUCCAGAGCCAGAGGGGGGGCCGGCGGGGCUGCCCACAGAGGACCUGGCCUCAGGAGGACGAAGCCGUGCCCUCCCGUGGCAUCCCCUGACCCCAAGCUGCCGCGCUUCGCUGUGCCUGAGCCACAGCCAUGAGCAGGCCGUGGGGUCAGCAUCUAGACUCCGGGCUCUGCACCGGGGCAAGUGGCGUCUGUCCUGCUGAUGUUUACAUGGCGCCCCUGCCCAGCCCGGGGCAGGGGGUGGAGUGGGAGCCUCAGACUUGGUGGGUGAGGGCCAGGGCCCUGGGCGGGAUGGAGCCAGAGCGGCCUUGUCUCUGGGUUCAGGUGCAGGAGCCCCUUCAUCUGCCUGCUCUCAUCACGGUUUGGGGAUUGUUUAAAGGGUCUGGGACCUUUUUCCACAUGUACUUGUGGGGGAGCGGGUGGCAGGUGGGGAUGGUGGGUGCUGUCAGUGAACCCCUGCCUCUCCCAGGGUCUCUCCCUCCGCCCAGGGCCUCCUUGGGGACCUUUGUAUUUUGAGCCAAUUAAAAAUAUGAACUCAC